CGGGCCUCGGCCACUCGCGCUCCCCCAAGCCCUCGCUGCGCCUGCGCGCUGGGGACAACCGUUGCAGGGCGCCCACGGCCCUGAGGAGGGACUGUCGCGGCUGACACCCUCUCUUUUCGGCCCUGAGGUACCCGGCCUGGUGGCCCAGGACGUUCCCGUCGUAUGGCGGAGUGCUGCGGACGGUGCCCAUGAAGUCCUUAGUCCUAGUUGUGCUGUUGCUAUGGCUUUCAUCCGUGCCUGCCUUUCCGAGUAUAACUGUGACGCCUGAUGAAGAACAAAACUUAAAUCAUUAUGUAGAAGUUUUACAGAACCUAAUACUAAGUGUUCCUACUAGGGAGCCAGGUCGUGAGGAAAAAUCAAAGUCUCCAAAUAAUGCUCAUUCUAUAGGACCAAAGUUAUCAAGAUUUAAGGAGAUAAUUACACAUGGAGACACUUCAACUAAAAAUGAUGUUUUAACGAAUCCUGUCAGUGAAGAAACCACAGCAUCUCCCACUGGAGGCUUCACAAUGCCAGGAAGGAAGGAAAAAUCUACUGAAAGUACAGCAUUCUGGUCAAUUAAACCAAAUAAUGUUUCGGUUGUUUUACAUGCCGAUGAACCUUAUAUUAUUAAAGAGCCAGAGCCAGAGCCAGAUUCAGAAGUAAGAUCCACUGAGGUGCCAAAGCCAUUGACAAAUGUUGCUAAAUCAUCCACAAGUCCAGAUGUCACCCCUUUAAGUAGGAGCACUGACAUGGAUACUGUCACAGAACCAGAAGAUGUUCCUCAGCUCUCAGGCGAAUAUACAGUGGGAACACUUGAAACAAUAACAUUUGGAAGACACCCACAGAUUUUGAAUAAUGAAGACAUUUUGAAAAAAAUUUCAGAUAUUAGUUCACAGGUGCGACAGGCACCUCUUGUUGAAAGCCUCAAGCCAGAAUACAGAGAGGACAUUCGAGCCUCUAGAGAGCACCUAAAACGAAGCCUUGCUUUAGCAGAAGCAGCAGAACAUAAAUUACAAAAAAUGUAUAGAUCCCAGUUCUUACCACUUGGCCGAAGCAGUAGUGGAAUUGAUGACAUUGAAACUGUAAUUAACAUGCUGUACAAUUCUAGGUCUAAAUUAUCUGAAUAUUUGGAUAUUAAAUAUGUUCCACCAGAGAUGAGAGAAAAGGCUACUACAGUCUUCAAUACAUUGAAAAAAAUAUUAUGUGUAAGUCAACUAGAAACUCAAAACCUUAUUAGGAAGUUAUUAAAUAAUAAUAUAAAAAUGUUGCACCUACUUGAUAUUCCAUGACAAAAAUUGAUUGAAACGAACUAUGCAUUCACUUCACGGAAGAAAUAAGCACAUUAGUGAUUCACAAGUUGUAUAAAAAUAUUUUCUACUGUUCAAUGUGCCAACAUCUCUACAUGUCAUAUGUUCUAAAAUAUUCUCAUGUGCACUAAAGCCUAAUAAUUUAAAAUAAAAUUUUGGUUCAGGAGUUCAUAGUUUUUUUUCCUCAUUAAUUAACUUAAAAAAUUAUGAAGAUCUAAUCUUUAAAAUGUUUAAGCUUUGAUUUUACUUGAAUAGAUUAAAUUCACUUGUUUUAUUGAGAGUCAAGAGACUGUGUGCAAUCUGUAUGUAGCCUGUUUUAAAUAAUUGAAUAUAAAUGUAAGAUGUUAGUACAUAUGGUCUUUAUUACUCUUUCAGAGAAUCUGAGAGUUUUCAGUCUGAAUAGCAAAGUUGGAACUUGAAUCAGAACUUUUAUUUGUAUAUAUGUCUGCCUCCUUUGAAAGGUGGAUGGUAGAUGAAGAUACAACCCUUUUUCUUUGUUAUUAAGUACUUCUGGAAUAUCAGUGAGUGACUGUAAUUUGGGCUUAUAACGUAGUCAUUCUCACUUCCUCCUUUUGUUUGUUUCUAUACAUUUAUAUUGAAGCUUUGCAAAUCUUUUGUUCGGAGUAUGACUAAUGAAAUUAAGGUUAACUGUGUAGUAUCAUGAUCAUGGGGCAAGUAAUUCUCUUUCAUGAUUUGAUCGGUAUUAUAUUUAAAUUCAUUUAUUCAUUCACCGAGCCAGUAGUUUUAGCUUACUGGAGGCUUAUUGACCUCCUACACAUAGGUGCAGGACAAAAUGCUAGGCUUUGGGGAUAUAGUAAGACCUAGUUCCUUCUCUCUUUGAGAAAGACAGAUGUUAAAUAAAUGACUUCAAUAAUUUUUAAAUUUCAGUUGUGACCAAUCAGUAAGAAUCUGUGAGAAAUUUGACCUCACCUAGACCAAAAUAAUGGGAAAGCUACCCCGAGAAAGUAGCAUUUAAGGUGAGAUCUGAAGGAUUAAAGUGUGUGUAGGGAGAAGGAGGCAUUCCAAGCAGAGGCAACAACAGGUGUGAUGCUCUGAGUUGGGGAUGAGUAUGGCAAGUUCAAGAAGUAACGAGUGUAGAAAGGUAGGCAGAACAUCUCAAGAUGGAGCUGGUCAGGUACACAGGGUUGGAGUAGAUCCUGUGAGGCUUUAAAGCGUGUACUGACGAUGUCAGCUCUUAUCCUAUGAUCAGUGAGGAGCAUUUGUGGACUUUAAGCAAAGGAUGAGGUAUGAUCAAAUUUGUGUUAAAAAAAAAACAACACUCUGGCUGUAGUUUUGAAGGUAGACAGAAGUAGAAGUGCACUAUGCAAAGGCCAAAUUUAGCUUGGACUAGUUCGAAAGAAGUGUUAAUUUAGAGGUAGGAAUCAACAGUAUUUGGUGAUUGCAUGGAUAUGGAGACAGAGAGUAGCAGGGAUCAAAAAGAAUUCCUACCCAAAAGACCACAUGGAUUUUGUUUCACAACAACACUCUUCACUGGAUUUUUUUGUUUGUUUAUUUAUUUUGUGCAUGUGUGUGUGUGUGUUGCUUAUUUUAAAAAAUAAUUUUACUUUAGAAGAUUUCAAACAUGUGAAAAGUCAGCAGAUUAACGUAAUAAACCUAUGUGACUGUCAUCAGGUUUCGACAAUGAUCUGCUAACGACCAGUCCUGUUUCACCCAAACCCCCACCCUUUCUCCUCUUUCCUACUUUAUGUUGAAUUAAAUCCCAGAUACUUUUUCAUUUCAUUUGUAAAUAUGACAGUGUGAAGCUCUUUAAGUUUAAAAAAAAAAAACUACCACAAUUUCAUCACAUGUACAAAUUUAAUGAUUCUUUAGCAUCAUCAAAUAGCCAGUCAAUGUUCAAAUUUUCAACUAAUAAAUUUUAAAUUUAGAAUUUGUAUGAAUCAAGAUCAAAUAAAGUUCAUACACUGAGAUUGGUUGAUAUGACUCGUAAGUCUUUUAAUCUUUUCCCCUUGAAACUUAUUUGUCAAAGCAAUUCGUCAUUUGACCUAUAGUUUUACACCUGUGGAUUUUGCUGAUUGUAUCCCCAUGAUGCCAUUUAGUAUGUUUUCCUGUCUUCCGUAUUUUCUGUAAAUUGAUAGUUGAGUCUGUCAGACUUUAUCAGACUCAGGUUUGUCUCUUUUUUUGUCAAGAUAGUGUAGUAUUCUUCCAUCUGGUUGUGUUUGCUUUUGUAUUUAUAGAGCAGCCUUUGAUAAUCAUUAUCUAGAUAGAUUAUUGAUCAGGUGUUGCAAAAUGGACGUAUCAUUCCUUCCUUAUUAGCUGGAAUAUGUCUGUAAUGAGAAACUUCCUCUCUAUUAUUUGAUUCCCUAGGGGUCUGGGAUAUAUUGGAAAGACAUAAAAUCUUUCUUUGUUUAACAGUUUUCAAAAUAAUUUAGUUCAUAGAAUCCUCCAGUGGUGACUUGUUUUUUUAAAUUAGAACUUUAUUGGGGCUCCUGGGUGGCCCAGUCGUUUGAAAGCGUCCCACUUUGGCUCAGGUCAUGGUCUCACGGGUUCGUGGGUUUGAGCCCCAUGUCCAGCUCUGUGCUGACAGCUCAGAGCCUGGAGCCUGCUUCCGAUUCUGUCUUUCCCUCUCUCUCUGUCCCCUCCCCCACUUGCACUCUGUCUC